CAACUCAGAAACAUAAACCAUUCAGAUAAAUAAUAUGGCUACUACACGGUCCAUUGUUUUACUAAUUCUUAUGAUAAGCUUACUGGCUUAUACACACUCAGCAAUAGCAGAUGAUGACAUCCCACAGGAUUUUGAUCGCAGUUAUUUUCCACCUGGCUUCAUUUUUGGAUCUUCCACCUCUGCUUAUCAGAUUGAAGGUAAAGCAAACAAGAAAUGCAGAGGACCUAGUAUAUGGGAUACAUUUUCCCACGAGCAACCAGGGAGGAUAGCUGAUGGUAGCAAUGCCGAUGUAGCAGAUGAUUCCUACGACCGCUACAAGGAUGAUAUUGAAUUGAUGGAAGAUAUGGGUCUCGAUGCCUACAGAUUCUCCAUUUCAUGGUCUAGGUUGAUACCUAGCGGAAGGAUAAGAGAAGGAGUUAACGAGGAAGGGAUUGAAUUCUACAAUAGGGUUAUCAAUGAGCUUAUAGAGCAAGAUAUGGAGCCAUUUGUAACUCUUUUUCAUUGGGAUGUUCCUCAAGCCCUAGAAGAUAAAUAUGGUGGCUUCUUAAGCCGUGACAUAGUGAAAGAUUUCAAAGAUUUUGCAGAACUUUGCUUCGAAAAAUUUGGAGAUCGAGUUAAAAAGUGGAUAACUGUAAACGAACCAUGGACUUUCUCAUCAAUGGGUUACGACAGGGGUACUUUGGCCCCAGGGAGAUGUUCAACUUGGGUGAAUAAAGCAUGUCAAGCUGGAAAUUCAUCCACAGAACCUUACAUAGUUAACCAUAAUCUUCUUUUUGCUCAUGCAACUGCUGCCAGACUAUAUAGGGAGAAAUUCCAGGUAAACCAAAAAGGCAAGAUCGGAGUAACAGUUGUUUCCAAUUGGUAUGAACCCUAUAACUCUGAGGAUCACCAUGAUCGAAAAGCAUCUCUAAGGUCUCUUGACUUCGUGCUUGGUUGGUUCUUGCAUCCUUUGACUUAUGGUCACUAUCCAGUAAGCAUGCAAAAGCUAGUUGGAGAUCGAUUGCCAAAGUUUGUGGGUCAUGAAUCUGAAUUCGUCAAAGGAACAUUUGACUUUCUUGGUUUAAAUUACUACACUGGAUAUUAUGCUUCUUCAAAUUUUAGUGUUGAUCCUGAUCCAACUCAUCUUAGUUACUCAACUGAUAGUCAUGUCAAUGUAACAGCUUACAAGAAUGGUGUACCAAUUGGUAAACCGACUUCAGUAGAAUGGCUAUAUGUUUAUCCACAAGGUAUCCGAUAUCUUUUGAACUAUACCAAAGAUGUGUACCGCAAUCCAACAAUCUAUAUUACUGAAAAUGGUAUGGGUGAAGCCAAAAAUGAAACAUCCCCAGAUAAUCUCGAUGAUCCUUGGAGGAAAGAUUACUACAAAUCCCAUCUCUGGAAUGUGCUCGGAUCUAUUGACAAUCACACUGUCCCAGUAAAAGGUUAUUUUGCAUGGUCAUUUAUGGACAACUAUGAGUGGGCAAGUGGUUAUACAGUGAGGUUCGGACUGUACUACAUAGACUACAAGAACAACCUCACCAGACUUCCGAAAACAUCAGUCGACUGGUUCGAAAAUUUCCUCGACAGUGGAUACCGUACUCUGAAAUCCGCCGCGAUCAAUGAAGACGCUUCGGUGAACGCUAAUGAUGUUUAAUAAUGCAAUGCUUUUAUUACAGUGUGCUGAGAGAUAAACUCAGAUAAUUUAUAUUUUAAAACAUGAUAUAUGUUUAGUUUGUUUUUAUAUAUGGUUUUGUUGAAGUCUAGAUUUAUGAAUGAGUUUGUUAUGCUCAAGAGUGUAAGAGAUUCCAGAAUGUAAUAUUGUGUAUUUGUGUAUGACUAUUUGAAGUUCUUUUUGUUUUCCAUGAA